CAGUCAUAGCCAUGGACAGUGGCAAGCAGGAACGCUUGGUCAUCUUUGACUGUGACAUUGGUGCGGACGAUGCCUGGGCUUUGGCCAUGCUUCUAAGGGCGGAGACGUUGUCCUUGCCCGACGGAAGACAUCACAAAGUGAUCGCCAUUACCUGUGUCCAGGGUAACACGGAGGUGGAGAACGGUUCACUGAAUGCCCUCAGGGUGCUCAAGUUGCUGGAGAGGACGGAUGUGCCCGUUUUCAAGGGCUGUGCUUUGCCCUUAGUGCCUCGCACUUGGACGAACCCUUCGCGCUACCACGGCAGUGAUGGCUUUAAGGACGUAGGCAACUAUCCGGAGUUGACCAACUGGCAGGAGCAACUGCAGCCGGAGCAUGCCGUCAAUGCCAUGUAUCGCUUGGUCUGCCAGCAUCCGAAACAAGUGGACUUUCUGUUGUGUGGGCCACUCACCAACUUUGCGAACUGCAUUAAUCUGUAUGACGACGCAUUUCUGGACAAGAUUGGAGGGGUGUAUAUCAUGGGGGGGAAUAUCUAUGGCCAGGGUAAUAUCACCAAGAGUGCCGAGUUCAAUUUCAUGAUGGAUCCCGAGGCGGCACAUGCAACUCUUGAGCGUUUGAAGGAACCAGCCGUAAUCCUACCCUGGGAACCGUGCAAAGCUGAUGAUUUUACCACAACCCUCGACUGGCGACUGAAUGAGCUGGGAGCUGGUGAGCAUCCCUUUGUCCAGCUCCUGACUAGGGUGGAGCGGGCUAUAAUGGUGUCACGCGGCAUCACAAGGUGGCGAAAUCCCGAUGCCGCUCUCACGGCUGCCUAUCUCUUCCCUAAAUCAAUGAUCCUUGACCAGAGGGAGUACUAUGCCGCCGUGGAGCUAAGCGGUGUGCAUACCCGCGGCCAAAUGGUGCUGGAUCACCUGCGUGGCCGCAAAGUGGAUGCCAUUCACGGCAAGAAGAGCAAUGUGCGGGUCAUCAGACGCCUCAACCGGGAGUCAUUCCUCACAAUCAUUGCCUGGACGGGGUUCCAUCCAGGGGCGAACAUCGAAGAACUCUGCCAAAGGGAUCUCCCAGGAAAUAUCCAAGCCAAUUGAAACUACAAAAAUGUCUGGUGUAUAUAUUUCCUAGACUCUACAAUCAGUGUUCCAUUAAAUCGAUGCGAUGCGAGUGUUCAAAUUCACAAUGUGCUUUAGACCUACAUGCUACUACUGAAAAAAGGUCACCCAAGAAAAGGUCAUACAAAUUUCUAUCUCUAUGCGUACUUUUGAGAAAGUAAUUUUGGAAAACAUUUAGGUUUACAGACAACCUUGUGUGUUAGUACAAUUAUUCUUUUUAAUAUCGAGAGUUUGUUGACAAAAAAAUACAUUCAAAACUAAUUCAAAAACCUGUUUCACUUUCAAGUUAAUGCCAAAAAGGAACUUUAAAUAUUUAAUACAAACAUUUUCGACUUAUUUCUUGGGUGCUCAACGCAAGUAUACAAUAAACUUGAUGUAUAAUAUGUAUGUAUGUAUAUAAGUAUCUAAAAAAGUCUAACUAACACUUUGGA